GAUAUUUAGAUUCUGCAAAUCAAAAUGCCACAGAAACUUCAAAAAGAAGCGAAAUCCCAGGAAGAUGAGAUGGACCAAAGCAUUCCGGAAAGCAGCUGGCAAAGAAUUGACAGUGGAUAAUUCAUUUGAGUUUGAAAAACGUAGAAAUGAACCAGUGAAAUACCAGAGAGAGUUGUGGAACAAGACUGUUGAUGCAAUGAAGAGAGUGGAGGAAAUAAAGCAAAAACGCCAAGCUAGAUUUAUUAUGAACAGAUUAAAGAAGAGCAAAGAGUUGCAGAAGGCAGAAGACAUCAAAGAAGUCAAACAGAAUAUCCACCUUCUUCGUGCUCCACAUGCAAGCACACCAAAACAGCUGGAGGACAAAAUGGUGCAGAAGCUACAAGAGGAUGUGGCUAUGGAAGAAGACUCUUAAAAUGUUUUUAUUUUCUAUUUAUAUGUCUUCAGCAGUUAACAGUUCCUUACUGCCUCACCUGACAUCAUUCAGACUGUGCUUACAAUUGAAGAAAAAUAUAUUUUAAUAAAUAGUGGUCAUUUACAGUUUGAAUGAUUUUUGGUUUUAUAAAAAAUAAUAAGUUGGAUACUGAUUUGGCCAGUACUUACUAUUAUGUAAUUUGAGAAGACCUUGUCAUCAGGAUGGAGAAUAAGGCAUGUUGUUUGAGAUGCUGUGUGCUCCUUGGAAAGUUACACUUUCUUUCUGGGUAACUUUUCCCUGAUAAUUCAAGGAAUAAAAGAUGUUGGCCCUGA